CCAAGGUCCGCCGCCUCCGCUUCCGUCCCUGUGUUCGGAGCAACACACCUGGUCAUGUCUGUUACACCGUCUCUAAAGGCUGCAGCACGAUCAGCAUACAGACACCUAUGGCGGGCCUCCUCUUCCACCUUUGCUGGUGACCUGCCGACCCUUACCGCAUGGCGUGCAAAGAUGCGCAAUGAUGCCAGGGCUGUGGAAGCGGAAAGCGACCCGAAAGCAUACGAAAGCAAGAUCACGCUCGCCCGGGAAAUUGCUGACAUAUUGCAGAAGAAUAUCGCUCAGGCGCGGAAGCAAGAGAACAGUGACGUGUGGAGGUUGCGGUUGACGGAGAAGACGGAACUGGGAGACAACGAGUCCAUUAAGAACCCGCCCCCGGUACAGGGUAGGAGAAGUAGUCGGACGAACGCUGAGCAUGCUGAAGAGCCCGAUCAUGACCCAUCCCAGGAACCGAAGCAGCGCAGAUUGAAUUAUUCACAAUUGAAAAAGGCCCACAAGAACCGGGUUACGCCAGAAUUGCGCGAGGAGGACCUCGAAGAAAGCUUCGUGCGAGGACAUGGGCCAGGUGGACAGGCCAUCAACAAGACCAACAACAACGUCCAGCUCAUCCACAAACCUACGGGAAUCCGAGUGACCUGCCAGCAAACGCGCUCCCUCGAUCUCAAUCGGCGAUAUGCACGGCAAAUCCUUCUUGACAAGCUUGACCAACUCGCGAACCCUGGCUUGUCCAAGUCCGAGAUGCGUCAGGCGAGACAGAACGAGCGCGAACGUCGCAGGAGGAAGAAGCAGAAGAAA